AUGACGCUGAGCUGUGUCCUGAGAAGCUCGUCUCAACCUGGAAACGUGUUGGGAACAGACUUUCAGCACAUCCACAGACGCCCGCGGGUCUGUCUGUCUCCGCGCCUGGACAGUGGGCUGGGGGCCAUCAGACGGGAGCAGUUCCACGGCCUGGGCUCCAUGUACUGCCGCGGGGCGGCCGCCAUCAUCCUCACCUACGACGUGAACCACCCGCAGAGCCUGACGGAGCUGGAGGACAGGUUCCUGGGCCUCACGGAGACGGCCAGCAAGGACUGCCUCUUCGCCAUCGUGGGGAACAAGGUGGACCUCACGGAAGAGGGGUCCCCAGAGAGCCAGGAGCGGGAAGGGUGCAGCCCCCGGGAGGCCGGCGGUGGCAGCUGCGUCUCCCCCAGGGCCAGACAGGUGCGGCCGGAGGACGCGGUGGCGCUCUAUAAGAAGAUCUUGAAGUACAAGAUGCUGGACGAGAAGGACGUGCCGGCCGCGGAGCAGAUGUGCUUCGAGACCAGCGCCAAGACCGGCCACAAUGUGGACCUGCUGUUCGAGACGCUGUUCGACCUGGUGGUGCCCGCGAUCGUCCGGCAGCAGGCCGAGGGGCCGUCGCGCACUGUGGACAUCACCAGCUACAAGCCGCCCAAACAGACCAGCUCGGGGUGCUGUGCCUGAUACCUGGGGCCUCCGACUCAGAACCCAGGGUGUCGAGGGCUUGCUUUAAGGCGCGUGAAGUGGAAUAUCAGAGCGGGUCCCUGAGGGGAGGCCAGUGUGCACAGCCUCCGCCGUCUCUGUCGGGAGGUGGGAGCCACAAAUCUUCCAAAGAGACCCAUCGACGGAGCCAAAACCCCUGCCAAGCGCCAGCCCUCCCGAGCCCAGCCUCCGAGGCCCCUGGCCCCUGCAGGGUGGAGGCCACUGUCCAUGACUUUCAUGUUUCUGACCACCCGGAAUCCUCGGUGGUGACCGCACCCAUGACUUUCAUGUUUCUCUUCCCUGUGAGCUGCCUCUGUCCUCCCUUGGUCCUUGUCUCUUGAUGCAUUUUUAAGAGUGAUUCUCAACAUGUUAAUUUAUACCAAAUCAGGAAUCUCUGUUUUUAUACUGAUUGCUGCAGCGUGGGCCACACAUAUUAAUAAAGAGGAUUUUGAGAGAA